AUGCUUCCAUCCGGUUGGUCUUCCUUCGUCCAGAAGGCUCAAUCCCUGGUGGACCAAGCCAACUUCAAUAUUCCUUCUCUUACCUCGUCGACCGACAAUCCCUCGAAAGCCUCCCUCUUCCGUCAGCAAUUCCGCCUCCCCGACUCACAGAACCCCUUGCAAGAGAUUACCGCCGAGCUUGUUCUGCCACUCCCAACCACCUCGAGCUCGACCGAGGGCUCUCGCAGGAUCGACCACCAUGGCAAUCGCUAUACGGGCCGUCUUCACCUUAGCGAACGAUUCAUCUGUUUUUCCACUCAACCUACCAGCUUCACACCCUCCUCUACUCUCAGCGCCUCGACUAGCUGGGCUGGCCAGACCCACGGUACUGGUCCAUCUGGGAAUGGAUUUACUCUACCACUUUCGUGCAUUCGGCGAGUAGAGCGACUGCAUAGCGCCAAGGAUGUGUUUUCUCUCGCAUUGACGACAUGGAAUGGGCUUUUGAACAAACAGCAAGAGCCGAAUUUUGCGCCUCAACGUCUGAUCUUGCAGCUGGUUGGUAGCAGGCAGGCCUGCGAACGAUUCUGUGAUACUCUGAAGAAGGGACUCCGCGAAGGCAUGAAGGAGGUGGAUAACCUGAGACUUGUUGUUACAGACUGUUAUUCUGAAUACCUUCUUUCUGGCGCCGCGGCCAAGGCCAAGGCGCAAGACGGGAAAGAAGGCAAAGAAGGCGGCGAUCCAGAUGCACGACAGCCCCCUGAUGCUGGGCUUGGCAUGCUGUUUCGAUAUCCAGGUGAUGCUCGCAAGCUCCGUGACCGCAGCAAGAUGCGAUUGUGGAGCGAAUACUUUCGUGAAAAUGGGCGCAAUGCCACUCUUGUUCGACAGCCGACCUUCCACAAACUCAUCCGUGUUGGUUUGCCUAACCGCCUCCGAGGCGAGAUCUGGGAGCUCACUUCCGGAUCCCUGUUCCUUCGCAUUCGUUCACCAAAGCUAUACCAAGAGACAUUGGCUAAGUUCGAGGGCCAAGAAUCUCUCGCCAUUGAUGAGAUUGAAAAGGACUUGAACCGAAGUCUACCAGAGUAUCCUGGAUUCCAGAGUGAAGAAGGCAUUGGGCGUCUGAGAAGAGUCCUUACGGCAUAUAGUUGGACAAAUGCAGAGAUUGGCUACUGUCAAGCGAUGAAUAUCGUCGUCGCUGCUCUGUUAAUUUAUAUGUCCGAGUCGCAAGCGUUCUUCCUCCUGUCUGUUCUCUGCGAUCGCCUUCUUCCUGGGUACUAUUCGACCACCAUGUACGGGACAUUACUUGACCAGAAGGUUUUCGAAUCUCUCGUGGAAAAGACAAUGCCCGUUCUUUGGGAGCACCUCUGCAAAUCCGAUGUACAGCUUUCUGUUGUCUCCCUCCCGUGGUUUCUUUCUCUUUAUAUCAACUCUAUGCCCCUUGUAUUUGCAUUCCGCGUCCUGGAUGUCUUCUUCCUGGAAGGACCUAAAGUGCUCUUCCAAGUUGGUCUUGCCAUUCUUCGCAUCAAUGGCGAGGAACUUCUUGACAUUCAAGACGAUGGCUCUUUCAUUUCAAUUCUCAAGUCAUACUUCUCUCGGCUAGAUGAAUCGGCCCACCCACGAUCCGAGAAUCCCAAGCUGCGCGCCAUCACGAGGUUCCAGGAGCUGAUGGUGGUGGCUUUCAAAGAGUUCUCCAGCAUCACACACAGUACAAUCACCGAAACCCGUGCAAAGCACAAGGAUGCUGUUUUGGAGAAUAUUGAGAACUUUGCGAAGCGAACGUCUAUUCGUAACCUCGGCCCAGAAAGCAAGCGUCUCAGUGUGGACGACCUUGGCACAAUCUACGAUCGUUUCUACGAGACAUUAUACCAUUGGCAGCAACACCAGAAGAUCUUGGAGGAAGAGCGGAGGAAGCAGGAGAAGAAGAAGUCCGAACGGAUAUCCAUCCUUGGCCCCCCUGCAGAUACGGAGGUUGGACGCGUUGGUCUCGGGCCGAGUCCCACGCACAUGGACUAUGAUGCUUUCCGGGAAUUCUUAGCUGCCACUUCGAAGUGGGCUGUUUCAGACUCUCCAGGGCCGCGAAAAGACUCGCAGGGCUAUAAUAGCAUGCGUGGCAACGGCAAGUCGCUUCUAUGGGCCAACCGCCGACAACCUGCAGACCAUGAGUUCAUGCAGCGUCUGUAUCGGAAGUGGUCUACGGAGCCGGAGGAGGGUUUGAACCUCCAAAAUGUGGUCAACGGUCUUGCGCGUCUCAAGGGUUCCCCUGACAUUAUGAACAACAUCAAUUACUUCUUCAACCUCUACGAUGAUAGUGGAAAUGGCCGGGUCGACCGUGAAGGCAUUCUCAAAAUUUCGGAAGCUCUCCUUUUCUUAUCCCGGAGAGGAUUCGAGGGCAAUGUGGUCGCGACGGAAUCUACCGAAGAUUUGAGCAACCCUCACCACGCCGAGUCCAUCCAACUCACCACCGAAGAGAAGUUCUUGGGCAGUGUCAGUGCGUUCAUCCGCAGGUGCUUUGAAUACGCCGACCCCAGCCAUCCCGAAAACCAGAAGGCUGCUCAAGCCGAUCCGACAACCGAAGCCACUGAAAAGCUAGACUCUUUCGUUAUCGGCGGCGACGACGAAGAGGACUUGAUUGACAUGGAAGGAGAGUCGAAACCCAAGUCCGUCGCUGCGAACAGCGAGCAUCGACCAAGAUCCGAAUCCGCCAACCCAGCCCUAGACCCGAACAGACCCCUUCACAUCACCCUGCCCACGUUCCGAAUGGUCGUCCUAGCCGACGAGCUCCUGGAACAGUUCUUCGAAUCUUACUUCCCUCAGUCCUUCCACCUAUCCGACCAUCCUCACCCGGCCGCGCUCGCCGCUUCCUCCUCCGCAUCAUCCAACCUUACAACCUUCUCCAAACUCGGCAGCGCGCGUCAUUCUCCAGUCUCCGCCAGCGCUAGCGUCCCUGUCGCCGGAGCCUCUGGCGGGAUCGUUCCACCCGGCAAAGGCCUGCGCGGGGUCCUCGACAACAUCGUCACUGAUGGCAUUCGUAUGGCCGCUGAAGUCAAGAAGCGGAUGGACGAGGCCCAGCGCGAGAUCGAGCGUAACGCACUCGGUCGCGACGAAGAUGAUGAAGAGGACGACGAAGAGGACUACCCCCGCCGCUCCAGCGCCUCUGCCUCUGCCAUGGCCGGCGGUAUCUCCAGCUGGGGUGCCGGAGCGUACGGCGCCGACCCUGAGCGUAGGGGCGUCCGUGACACAGACCGCGAUCUUCUGGAAGGUGCCGAAGUCGAGGCAUCCUCUCUGCUUGAUAACGGGGUCGAUAGCGAAGGCCCAAGCAAGAAAGACCAUGCUGUCUCUGGCGCAGGAGAGGCCGAGAUCGUUAGUAAGGUCGUGGAGUUUGAGUCAUGA